AUGUCUAUACAAGGCUCUACUGACGAGCAGUUAUGCGAUUCAGUUAUUACACAUCUGUCACGCAAGCUUUGGGAUAGGGCAUACGAUGAUCUGAAACAACAAUAUGAACUGCUGGUGCAGGAAUACGAGGCGAUUUUAUCAAGCCUAAUGAGACGACGUAAAGGCAAAGAUGUCGCCCAUGUACCCGGAAAUAGUCUCUCACCAAAUAGUUCGUUUCCGAAUAUUAUCAGUCAAAAUGAUUCGGAUAAACGAGAAUCGCAAAUGGGAGAUUUCGUGUCGCAAUGGAUAUCAGGCAAAACCCUGCUGGCAUCGUCCGAUCCAAAUAAGAGCGCUGAGCGGCUGAGAGGAAUAAUGAAGCGAUCGCGGAUCAUGUUUCCUCAAGGGUCAUUAGCUUGGGCCGGACUCUGUUGUGCGUCUUCGGCACUUCUGAAUCCAACAUCUUUGACCGAGGAAGCUUGUGAUGGUAUCAUCACGCUUGCUUCAAAGAUGCUUAGCUACAUGAAUUUGCCCAAACUACUUGUCAAUUGCGAACUUAAAACAACAGUAAAUGAUAGGAAGCUGCAAAGGAGAAUUAUCGAUCUCUAUACGUCCAUUCUUAUGUUCGAAAUCAGAAUCUCGGUGCAGGCAAACUUGUCACCUUAUGGCAUUCCGGAAUGUCUGAAGCGGAUUGCCGAUGCCGAAAAGGCGCUGUAUGUUUCUGAAGAGACUACAAAGGAAUUGACCGAGGUACUCAACUUGAGCAAAAAAAGCCACCAUCAAGGGGCUAUCCGGGAAACCAUCAAAGAAAGACAGCAGAAACUUCUAGAUCAAGGCGAAUCCAACUCAGACCAAGAUACCGUCGUUUCGGCCAAGUUGAACACCCAAUUGACAAAUGACCUAUAUCAAUGGGCUACCUCGGAAUUAGCAUACCAGGUCUGGGCAAAAUGGGAGAAUACCAAAACCAACGAGAGACUACUCUGGCUACGUGGCAAAGCUGGUAGAGGCAAAACGACACUGACUUAUGCCAUUAUGCAAGCAAUGCAAACAAUGGGAGAUGCAGCCAGACAGCAGCAUCCAACACAAAAUCCUUUUCAGGUGGCAUAUUUCUUCUACAAUAAUGAGCGUGGCGUUGUCCCUGUCAUAAAAAGCCUUAUUCGACAGUUUAUAUCACAGCAACAAGAGCUUAUCAAGCAUCUCGCAGAGAAGUAUGUAUCGACAGGAAGAAAGGUCUUUGCUUAUUCGAACGACUUUUUGGCUAUGUCAGGUGUCUUUUUUGAUAUCAUUAUGGACGAGGCUUUUUCUAGAACCUAUAUUAUCAUUGAUGGUCUUGAUGAAUGCCUUGCCUCUGACGGGUGGGCGGGACCUAUUGAUAUCCUGAAACUUAUCGCUUUAUCGCUGGAUAAGACAAAAGAUACAUCCAAGCUUAAAUGGCUGAUUUCUUCAUCUUCUUCGAAGCGCAUUUUGGAAGCUUUUUCUAAAGAAAUUAUGAGCAGUCUUAUCCUAAGCCUUGACACGAAUAGUGCGAACACGCCAUUGAACAAGGGCAUUCAGUCAAUUCUACCCAACCACACCUCUUUUGAGGUUUCAAAGCUAGCACGGCGAAAAGGUUAUGACAAAGAGCUUCAAAACAGGGUUACAACUCAGAUGAUUGAAAAGGCACUACUUUCCAGCAAUCUCUUGUGGGUUAGUACGGUCUGCCGGGUUUUGGCUGCUGAAGAAAGCUGGUAUGCCAUACAACGCUUGAACGAAUUGCCAACCGAUCUCGGAGAUUUAUAUUCGUUCAUGGUUAAAGAGUUGAUAAAUCUACCCAAAAAUGACGGGAGCUAUUGCUUGUCUAUUCUUUGGGCAAUGAAUACUGCGCAGUGGCCGCUUUAUCUUUCUGAGUUGGCUACGCUAAGCGGGCUCCAGGGAGGUAUUGACACAGAUGGCAACGGUGCCAUCAAUGUGGGCACAAAGACGAUUUUAGAGAAAUGUUUCGCCUUUCUUAAGAUUGAUGACGACUGCGUCUAUUUUUUGAACAACGAAGUAAAGGAGUAUAGUGAAAUGGCCGUUGCCCAGGGAGUUGAUCGCUCACCAGACUACCAUCAUACGCUCUUAGCUGAGCGGUGCCUGAAGUCACUUGCUACAUUUUUCACCAACCGCAGCAAGGAUCCUACCUCUGUUUAUUAUUCAGCGAUCUAUUGGAUAUACCACGUACUUGAAAUACAGUUUCCAUCUGGCGCUAUUCUCAAUGCUGUCACCGACUUCUUGCAGAAAUAUCUACCGGAAUGGCUAGAGCACGUAACAAAAAGGUCGUCUAUACCGGCAGCUGUAGGGCUUCUACGUAAAUUGGACUUGAAGAUUCAAGCAUUACCAUCAGCUCCCCCAAAUGAUAUUAGCCUCAUUGAAGACGCUCAUAGAGUAUUCCUACUUUACGAAUCAUUCAACACUCCCUCAAAUAUUCACAGCCACAAUACUCUAUUGUUUUGUCCUGCAGAAAGCCCAACCAGAAAAUCUCAUUUAGCUUCCGCUUUCCCCUACCUUCUUCAGGCCCCCACCGUUGGGAGAAGAUGGACAUCCAACUUCUUAGUACUUGAAGGGCAUACCGAUUGGAUUAAUAGCAUGAGAUUUUCACCGGAUGGUCGCUUCAUCGUCUCUGGAUCUUCUGAUAAGACCGUUCGAGUUUGGGAUGCCGAAACAGGAGCUAUUCAACAUAUAAUGAUGAAUAAUCAAAACUACGUUCGGAGCGUGGCCAUCUCAAAUGCUGGGGUUAUAGCGUCUGGCUCAGAGGAUGGCACCACUACGUUAUGGGAUUCGAGCACUGGUAAACCUUUCUGCACACUCAAAGACUUUAAUGGUUAUGUCAGAGGUCUCCAUUUCUCUCCAGAUGGCACUAAACUUGCCGUAGCGACAAGCAAGGCUCUUGAAAUUGUCUGUUUAUCCACAAACGCUCGAGCCCAGACGACGGGCUACGAUAGCGCAAUAUACUGUUCCUCUUUUUCUCCUGAUGGGCGCAUGAUUGCAACAGGGUUUCUGGAUGGAAUUGUCAAAAUUUGGGACGCAACGAUGGAUAUUGCGAGUUCAGGUCCUACCACUCUCGGCGUUAUAAACAUAUUGACCGGGUAUAAAGGCCAUCCACGCAUUGUCAAGUUUUCCCCUGACUCAAAAAUUCUUGCUAUUUGCUCAAAUAACUUUACAAGCUUUUGGGACACCCAGACCUGGACGCUAAAGCGUAGGCUUAAAGAUUUUGCAUCAAUCGGCGGGGCUGCGUUCUUUCCUGAUGGGUCGCAUUUUGUGUCUAGUACCGACGAAAGCACCAUGGAGAUAUGGGACAUGGAGUUAUGGGACAUUGAGAAAUGGGACAUGGAGAAAUGGGACAUGGAAACUGAGAAGCCGAAAACCCAACUGAGAUGGUCCGGAUCGCCCGCAAAGUCAUUGUGUGUUUCUCCCUCUGGUCAAUAUAUUGUUUCAUCUGGCCGUGAUCGCCUUAUUCGGUUUUGGUAUGCCCAUAAACAGCUCACCGAGGACAUCGGCGAUCCUAAUCAACUAACAAGCUACCCAACUACUGCUUUGGCGAUUUGUCCUGCUGGGAAAUGCAUCGCCUCCGGUCUGAAAAGUGGCGAUAUCUGUCUAUGGGAUGGAAAUACUGGCGAGAGAAUUCGAACUAGCGAUGUGUUGAAACAUGACUCCAAAGUCAACUACUUGGCGUUCUCAAAUGAUGGACAAAAAUUGGCAUCUGUGUCUCACGAUAAGUCCGUUCGGCUUUGGGAUACAAAAAGCGGUAUCCUUCUCAAGUGUUUUGAACAACAUUCGGAUUGGGUUAGAUGCGUUGCUUUCUCUUCAAAUGGAAAGUACAUUGCUUCAGCCUCUGAUGACUAUACGGUCUUGAUCUGGGAUGUGACUGGUGUGGAAAGUCCCAAGACACUGACAGGCCAUCGCGGCUAUUGCCGCUGUGUUGCUUAUUCUCCUGAUGGUAGCUAUAUUGUAUCAGGUGGAAACGACAACCAGAUUAUAGUAUGGAACUCAGAGACGUGUGAGCAAGACAGAACAAUAAAGAUCACCGGUGGCGAAGUCACGGCCGUUGCGGUCACCCCAAACUCGCAGAAAAUAUUAGCCUCUCUCAGCGAUGGCACUCUCAAAGUCUGGGAUAUUGGUAAAGAGAAGGAACGACAGUCAUCUAACAAGGGCAAGGAGUUACAAUCAAUUACCCAAGAGACGGAACAGCAACCCGUUACCCAAGAGAAUGAAUUGCAGCCAAUCCCUCAAGAGAAGGAACUGAAGUCAAUUACAACCUCUCAUAAGAACGGCUUCAACAAGCUAUUCUUUCCUAGCGAUGCCCAGCAAUAUGUUAUGACAGAGGUUGGGCCCAUAUAUAUCGAAGAUGAUACAGCCGAACAACGCCUCAACCACCUCCCAUAUGCUUUGAAGUAUGAUGAGACGGAGCAGCAGUGGUGGAUUACACAUUUGGGCCAAGAUGUCAUAUUUUUACCCAAAGAGUAUCAUCCCGAAGAUAAACAUGCGGUAGCUGUUCUUGGACACAAAGUUGUGAUAGGAUGUAAGUCUGGACAAGCUUUAUUAUUUAGUUUUAAAGAAGGGAGUUUGGGUCUGAGUUAAGUUUGCACACACAAGAUAAUACGCUCAUUAAUUAUACGGAAUUUACUAUAUCCCAACUCG